AUGAGUUGCGAACUCACGCCGGUCCAGGAGCACUAUCUCAAACGUGAGCUUCUUCGACUGGAGCUAGCAGAUGAAUUUGACUUAUUCAAUGAUAAAAGCGCAUUGCGGCGGUUCGGGUACCCCUUUGCUGGAACUGCAACUAGUAUUAAGAGACCAGAGAAACAUUUUAAGGAUUUUCUGCCAUCAUUCCUGGUGAAAAGUGGUAAGAUCAAGGACCCUGUUGAUGAUGAGUUCAUGUAUGUUGAAACAGAGUUCCCUCUGUUGAGUAAUUUCCUCCAGACGGUGAUUAUGAGUUGCCCACUGCUUUCCCGUGAACUUGCAAGAAGCAAUAUAUUCUGGCAACAGAAUGUACAGCAGUUUUUUGAAGAUUUUAUGGAACUUCCGUUUAGUUCUAGCUAUGACAGGGAGGAACUUACUAAGCGAAAGCGCACUGCUACUAAAUUAUCGAAGGUUGUUCUGUUGUUUUACAAUUCCGGGAUUGGGACAUCGCUUGAGAGACGUUACUAUGAUGAAAUGGCCGAAGGUUCCUCUUUGGUUCCAGUUGAACGUGAAGGGAUGGUGCUAAACACCUAUGUUGCCCCUACGGAGGCGCAGAUUACAUCUUAUGUUACCAAGGAGCCGCGGUACAUCAAUGGCGUGGAUUUAAAUGUAAUUACUGUUUUUAAGAGAAAACUGCUCCUAGCGUCUGAAGAUUUGGCAACAAGCAUAGAAAAUCAUGGCUCAUGGUUUAAUUUCUCAUUUGGAUCAAAUUUCACGUCUAAUCUUCUAUCCAAGUUUUCAAUCAAUGACAAAGACGGUAAGAACGAAUAUUUAUUUCUAAUUAAGAUGCGAAGGCAAGCGGAAGCUGGCAAGACCUUAUAUCUUUGUCGAACAUAUCGUGACUUUAAGAUUCUUUUUAACAACUUGAUUGCUGAAUUUCCUGGAAAGAAGAUCCCGAAAGUUCCUGAAGAGAGUAAUGUCGACACUUAUAUCACAGACCAAUUUUGCUCUACGAUAGGCGAAACAUCUAUUAGCACAGCUUCUGAUAAUGGAGGUAGUCCUAGUUCAGGACUGCAUAAUUCAAAUAUGAUAAAGCUUAAAAGAGAAAAUAUGAGGACAUCUCUUCGUCAGUACCUCAGAACCAUUUCUCAGGACAAAGAAAUCGCUACAAGUACUUCCUACAAGGAUUUUUUGUCACAGAACUAUAUUGAGGAGCAAUUGUUACCCGAAGAGGUCCGGCUUGACAUACGGUAUAGAGAUUUGAUGGAUAUCACAAACCUUAAGAAUCAACUUAAGUUUCAAAAGAUAGCGAUUGAAAAAAGCAUAAAGCUGCAAGAUUCGUUGGCAUCACUCAAGGAUUCCAUUCUUAAAGACCAGAAUUACUUACUGGUACUAUUCAGGGAACUCAAGGAAAAGGAGCAUGUUGAAGAAUUAUCUACACCGUUACGAAAUUUAUUUGAUUGGUGUAAAGUUUACCUUAGCGCCACGAUUUAUCAAACAUUUAUAGGUAAUGAUAAUGGUUAUGAAGCCUAUGAAACUAUAAAAAGGCUGCACAGGUUGAUGCCCUAUACUUUGAUGAGUACAUUGUUAGAAUUUACAAAUCCAAUGUCUGUGAUGAAGGGAUUCUUAAAUUUAUUCCUAGCUUCCUCUUUUGGUCACCAUUCUUUAGUACAAACACUAUUCUCUAAUGUGAUAGAUGUGGAUGUUAAAAAUCAAAAAGAAGAAAUUGCUGCCCUUCUUCCUGUGAUUGCCACUGAGAGUUGUUAUGGCCCCGAUAUUAGUGAAGUGCUACGUAAGUGUAUUUUUGAGAAUGAAGGCGGCCAGUACCUCAACUUAGAUGUUGCUAAUGAGAAUUCUCGAACCAGAGACCUCCCCACAAUUUUGGUAAUUGUAGAGAUGUGCGUUGAGAAAAAGUUACUUCCUUCGACUGCUUUUGAAGAAUUAUUCCUCUCUUACCAAACUUGGAGGAAUGUUUCCUUGGACGUGGAAUCCGGUGUUGACAAUGCUUCUGUUCAUAGUAGUCAUUGGCUCUACUACUGCCACGUAAGGUCACUUUUCCAGCUUUACAUUAGAAAGCGUGACAAAGAGCUAUUAGGUCACCUUUGGGAAGAAACUGAACUACCCCGUUUAAUAAAAUCUGUUGUACUGUUGUUUUACGAACCCUUUGUGAAAAUGUUCAAGGUUGCUAGAAUGGAUUUGGCUCUAAACAGCUUCCGGCGUUUUAUGGAAGAGCUAAUAAAGUUCCUGGACUCCGCAUAUAGUGGAAAAGAUGGCAUUGUUACCAGUGCAAACAUAGUUGAGAAAAUCGAGAACUUGGUGGAUUCCCAUGAGAAUGUGCUUUACAAAUUCCUUCAUGAAGUUUACAACAAAGACAAGGACCACCUUUUUGAAGAUAUCGUAUCAUGGUCUUGUGACACUCUAGGAAUCUUGCAGAAAAGUAAGUGGGGCCUCGAAGAGGAGCGAAUUGAUUUGAUGACUUUAUUAAGUUUACAUGAAGAUAUUAUUGAUACUGAACUCCUCAAGGAACAGUUAAACCAAUUGAUCGAUCAAAAACUACAAGCUCGCAAGCUGUACAACGAAUUAACAGAAUUAAAAGCUAAAGAAGAUAUACCUAAUAAAGUGAAUAAUAUACAGCAGGUUAUUGAUCAAAAAUGGAAAACUAUGAACAAGAUGGUUAUUCCGGAAGAUAUCUCCAGACUUGGCAUUGAUAAUAGCGAACUAGUCGCUUUGGAUUUAGAUGUAAAAGAUUUCCAGGAUCUAGAAGAGGGCCAGAAGGAGAUGCGUGAGGAAUACCAAGCCGUACUGGCAAUGGAUGUCGACACAAGUGAAAUUAAAAAAUUCAAUCAGUUAGUAUUUAAAGAUACCCUCCGAGAUUUUCUAAAGGUCUAA